CACAUCAAUGGCAGGAGGAGGAGGAGGACUUGUGGUGCGUGUGUGGAAAGAAUGGGGGAUCCAGAUCUUGGUUGUCGCCAGCUUCCUGCUUCAGCUCAUCCUACUCGUCUUCGGCGGGUUCCGGCGGCGCAGCUCCUCUGCCGUGCUGCUGGCCUUCCUCUGGCUGUCGUACCUGAUGGCCGAUAACAUGGCGGUAUAUGCCCUUGGGCACAUGUCCCUUGAAAGCAGGCCGGGGGAUGACGGGCUCGUCGCGUUCUGGGCAACCUUCUUUCUGCUCCACCUCGGUGGCCAGGACACCAUCACUGCCUUCUCCCUAGAGGACAACCAGCUAUGGAGGCGCCACCUCCUGACUCUCCUAGUGCAGGCAUCAGGAGCCGGCUACGCCAUCUACCGGUACAUCAUACCCGGUACCUGGAACUUGGUCUCGGCCACCAUAGUGAUGUUCAUAGUGGGUUUUCUCAAGUACGGGGAGAGGGUGUGGGCUCUCCAAAGAGGCAGCAAUGGCAAUUUUGCUUUGUUGAAAGUUUACAGCAAAACUUCUGAAGAACGGGCUUACAUCUUGAAGACCAGAGCUAAGAUGGAUAGAGAGGAGGAGAUCCUAUUCGACGCUCAUUACAUGUUCCAUUUUUGUAUGGGUGCAUUUAUCAACGUCAGCCUGGAAAGGUGGUCCACCGACGCUGUUCUCAGUUAUUUAGACCCCGUUCUGCCUCUGCCUUAUAAAUUCAACAUGGACAUGUAUGACUUGGUCGAGGCGGAGCUCUCCCUUCUGUACGACCUGUUUUACACUAAGGCGCAAGUGGUUCACAGUUGGCCAGGCUACCUGAUCCGUGCCAUCUCACUGCUUGGCACGGUGAGCGCAUUCUUGUUGUUCCGUCUCGACGACGGUAAAGGUGCUCACAGCAGAGUAGAUGUCUCCAUCAGUUACAUGCUAUUGGUUGGGGCCAUCGUUCUGGAAACCACAUCAGUGUUUGCAAUUGUAGGAUCAACAUGGACGUGCGGCUACUUGCACUGUCAGGGAUGGAACAAAACUAAUGCUAUGGUUUUGUGCAUUCGGCGACUUAUCCAAGUGGGAAGCCAAAGAAAAUGGUUGCACUCCAUCGGGCAACAUAAUGUGUUGGAUUACUGCACCCGUAACCAAACCAAUUGGAUGAACAGGAUUGUAGAGGCAACUGCACUUAAAAAGUGGCGGAGAAAGGUCAAGUUCUCAGCCAAUACAAAGAUCACCAUGGAGUUCAAGGAACUAGUGUUGGGACAGGUACGGAGAACAAUGACUCGUUAUUCUAAGACAUGGAGUAUCCUGGAUGCACCGGGAAAAUGUGUGCUAACGGAAUACAGGCUCUUGGAUGAUAUGGGCUUUUCUAUCAAGGACAGGGAUUUCGCCCAUUGCAUUCUCAUCUGGCAAGUAGCAACUGACAUUUACCUUUGCUGUCGUGAUGACAACCAGCAUCAAAGUAGGUGCCUCAACGCUGAAGAGGACGAUAAAGUUCUUGUAGAUGCAAUAAAGGUAUUAUCUAAGUACAUGGGUUUUCUAAUGAUACACCCAAGCUUACUGCCCGGCGGAGUUCCAAGCGAUUCUACCAUCAAUAAUUUGGAGAAUCUGUGGAAGGACAGCAAAUGUUCUACUAGCAGUGAGUUUGCUAGGACAUUACUUGCCGAUGAGAAUGAGGAUCCUAGGUUGAAGCCCUACUCGCCUCUAGCUGCUAAGCUGCUUGGAAACAAAAGGAAGCCCAUGCUGCAAGUCAUCUUCGGGGUGUGGGUGGAGUUCCUGUGCUAUGCAGCCUACCAUGGCACCGGUGUUUCCCACUGUACACAGCUUGGCAGGGGCGGUGAGUUCCUCUCCGUUAUCCGCCUCGUCAUACAUCACAUCCAGCUAUUUCGUCACAAGUAUAGUGAGAGGCUUCCAAGCGACCGCUGACACCCUAUAGGAGAGGUUCAUCUCAUGUAUCCCUCUUGAUUUAUAUGCCUCGAAUGUAAUUUAGUUUCUUUGCUACCCAUUUUUAUUGGUUUAACUAACUCUGUUUUUAUGGGCAUGGGACACAAAAUGAGCUACUCUAUCAUAUCUGCUGUUAAUUUCUAUGCCUCGAAUGCAAUG